UAAUGUAAUCCAUGUACACAUGGUGGCACCUGCUGGUCUAGUGGGGGAUUCAUUUUAUUGUGCCUGUCGACCUGGUUAUACGGGUACUAUGUGUGAAGAUGAAUUUGUUGUAGAAACUGUUGUUAGUUCCAGUGAAUUUAUGGUUGAUGAUACUAGUGCUCGGAAUUUUAAUGACAAAAGUUUUGGUUCAUCGGUUGUUUUAAAAAGUCCCAUUGAAUUGCACAAUGCAUAUACGGCGGCCAUUGUUCUGGCAUUAGUCAUCUUCUUUGUCGCUCUCUAUCUCACCAUCUGCCAUUGUAAAGUAAAUCAAACGUAUCGAAAAUUCUCAACACGUACAUAUGGUUUUCUGCCCAUACUCGGUUUUCGUUUGCGCACCAAACAGGCAACAUCAAAAAUUAGCAGACAUUGGUUGAGUGGCAAAGGUUUGGGCAUUGGCAAUGCAAUGCGAGGUGGUGGCAAUGCAACAACAUCAUCAACAUCCGCCUUGCAUGCGACAACGGGUGCUGCUGCAUCGUCACAAAGAAAUAGUGUUGGACAUUUGCCAACCGCAAAAGCGUCAUCGGCUACAACAGGACAGCAACAUACACAUGUUGGUCAAUUAAACGAACGGCCCUUUCAACGUCAUUUGGCCAUGAACUUGGAAAACGAUAUGUAUUAUACAGUAGAUUUUAGUGAAAAUUCUCAACAUUCACCGCUGAUACAGUGAAAUUUAACAACAACGUCAGCAAUAACAGCUAAAGCAGUCAACCAAACACAAUUAUCCCUGUUAAAAGGGGAGCGAGGGAAUGAUGAUAAUGCUGCUGCUGUGACAGCUGCUGGUAUGAGGGUGUUGGGCGUUGCUAGUUGUAGAAAAAAUCUUGUUAAUGCUUUGGUUAAAACGAAAAAUAAUAAAAAUAAUAAUAAUAAUGGUAGCUCCUUUGGUAUGAAUAGUAAUAAUUGGUUAGUUAAAUUUACAAAACGCUCUUAUUAAAUAACAACAAAAAAAAAAUUAUAUGUUUUCUUGAAUUUUCUUUUUCAUAACUUUGUUUUCAAAAAAUAUAUAUUAUUUGUUUUAUUUUAAUUUAAAAAAGAAUAUUUGCUAUUGUAUAUGUAUGUAUUGCUAAUUUAUUUAGUUAUAAUAAAAUUAAUAAUAAAAUAACAUUAUAAGUUUUUGGCUUUAAUCAUACUGAUGAUGGGAAAUUUUAUUUCUUUAUAAAAAUAUUUUAAACUUUAAGAACUCACUUUACUAGGCAUAGUUCUUUUAAAUUUUAAACGAAUUUCGAAGAAAGUCUAUCAAUUACAGAUAAACUGUUUCAGAGUUACACUUUCGCAUAGUUUAGAGGUCAGAAACUUGUUCAACUUUAUAUGGUUUAGUGUUUAGACGAUUAAACUUGCUCUGAAAAGGGUCGCGUUACUGAUUGCCAUCGCACAAUCCAAACGGCUAAACCUAGAAUCAUGAAAUUUUGAAAAAUUCAUAUAAUUAGGCGUAAAAAAGGGGUAAAACGGGCAAAACUGGAUUUCCUAAUUAUCUUUUUUUUUUUGAUAUAAAAAAAUCGAUGGAAAAAAGGGGGAAAUAGGAAAUUUAGAUUUGUUCAAACUCUUUCAACUAUUUUUAUAAAAUUGGAAAAAUUAGUUAAUUUAU